AUGUCCUUCUAUACUCCGCUCAUCUUAUCUCAGUCGACCGAUAUCCCAAAGCCAUAUCCAGACACUCUGAAAUUCAUUCAUCCAAAAGCUCGCUCCUCAGCUAAAAUGGCAGCUCUAGCGCAGCAAAUUGGCGGAUUCAGAUGCCCACCAAUUUCAACUGUUGAAAGGAGGCGUUACAGUAAUGUGCUGCCUAAAAGGAGAAGUGUAAUUUCAGCAGCCGCUGUUGCUAUAGCGAACGCGGAGACGAGAGAGAGGAUGAAUCUGAAGAAGAUGUUCGAGGAGGCGAGUGAGAGGUGCCGUAUGGUGCCAGUGGAAGAUGUGGCCUUCACCGUCGAAGAUUUUCAGACUGCCGUCGACACUUACGACUUCGAGUCGGAAGUUGGCGCCAAGGUCAAAGGAACAGUUUUUAGCACAGAUGAAAGUGGAGCAUUUAUUGACAUAAACUCGAAAGCAUCAGCUUACUUACCUCUAGUUGAGGCAUCCAUCCACGACAUCAAACAUCUGGAAGAGGCUGGCAUAGUUCCUGGUUUCUGUGAAGAAUUUUCAAUUGUUGAGAUUGAGGAAGAUGAUAGCUUGAUCUUGAGCCUUAGUUCGAUCCAGGAUGACCUCGCCUGGGAACGGUGUAGACAACUUCAAGCAGAGGAUGCUGUUGUCAAGGGUAAGGUAGUUGGCGCUAAUAAAGGAGGACUGGUGGCAGUUGUGGAAGGUCUUAGUGGUUUUGUUCCAUUUUCACAAUUUACAACAAAAUCAGUAGCAGAGGAGCUUUUGGAGAAAGAAAUUCCUCUAAAAUUUGUAGAGGUUGAUGAGGAAGAGUCGAGGCUAGUCCUCAGUAAUCGCAAGGCUGUAUCUGAUAGUCAGGCCCAGCUUGGAAUUGGUUCUGUUGCGGUUGGCACUGUUCAGACCUUGAAACCUUAUGGUGCCUUUAUAGACAUUGGUGGAAUUAAUGGCCUUUUGCAUGUGAGCCAGAUUAGCCACGACCGUGUUGCGGAUAUUGCUACAGUGCUUCAGCCUGGUGAUACUUUAAAGGUUAUGGUUCUAAGCCAUGACCGUGAGAGAGGCCGAGUAAGCCUGUCAACUAAGAAGUUAGAACCUACUCCUGGUGACAUGAUUCGCAAUCCCAAGCUUGUUUUUGAAAAGGCUGAAGAGAUGGCUCAGACUUUUAGGCAAAGAAUCGCACAAGCAGAAGCCAUGGCCCGUGCUGAUAUGCUAAGAUUCCAACCUGAGAGUGGUUUGACAUUAAGUUCUGAAGGAAUCUUAGGGCCAUUGACUUCAGACCUGCCGGAAGACGGUUUGGACUUGAGUGAUAUCCCUCUAGCUGACGAUUGA